GUGCUUCACGAGGACGUCAGGGAGGGGCGGGGCCUGGUUACAGCUGCAGUGGCCCUACUCCAGGGUGGUGAGGGGACAGCAGAGCAGACAUGUUACGGGGUAUUACGGCCCUGAGCAGGGCAUGGCGGCCGCUGCACUCAGCUCCCCGGUGCUUGCACACGGUGUAUCAGAGCGUGGACUUACCGGACGUUCAUAGCAUGCUGCGGGACACAUGCAGGGAAUUUGCCGAAAAAGAGCUCCAGCCCAUAGCAGGCCAGCUGGACCGAGAGCACCGCUACCCGAGCGAGCAGGUCCAGAAGAUGGGACAGAUGGGAUUACUGUCAGUGGAAGUCCCAGAAGACCUAGGUGGAGCAGGACUUGACUGCUUGGCUUACGCUAUUGCAUUAGAAGAAAUCAGCCGUGGUUGUGCAUCCACUGGAGUCAUCAUGAGUGUGAACAAUUCCCUUUAUUUAGGGCCGGUCCUCAAAAAUGCCUCUGAAGAACAGAAAAAGAAGUGGAUUACUCCAUUUUGUAGUGGGGACAAGAUCGGCUGCUUUGCACUUAGUGAACCAGGUAAUGGCAGUGAUGCCGGAGCAGCAAGUACCGUAGCCAGGCUGGAUGGGGACGAGUGGAUUCUGAAUGGAACAAAAUCCUGGAUUACAAACGCAUGGGAUGCCUCUGCAGUUGUCGUCUUUGCUACAACAGAUAAGUCCAUGAAACACAAGGGCAUUAGUGCUUUUUUAGUUGAGAUGCCGACCCCAGGCCUUUCACUUGGAAAGAAAGAAGAUAAGUUAGGAAUCCGCGCCUCUUCCACUGCCAAUCUGAUUUUUGAAGACUGCCGCAUACCAUGUGAGAACCUUCUAGGACAGUCUGGAAUGGGCUUCAAAAUUGCUAUGCAAACUUUAGAUUCCGGGAGGAUUGGCAUUGCAUCUCAGGCUCUUGGCAUUGCUCAGGCCGCUCUGGACUGUGCUGUAGACUAUGCAGAGAAGAGGAUCGCAUUUGGAGCACCAAUCACCAAAUUGCAAGCCAUCCAGUUUAAGCUGGCAGACAUGGCCCUAGCAUUGGAGAGUGCAAGGCUCCUCACCUGGAGAGCAGCAAUGCUGAAGGAUAACAAGAAGCCUUUUACCAAGGAAGCUGCAAUGGCAAAACUAGCGGCAUCUGAAGCCGCUACAAAGAUAUCACACCAGGCGAUUCAGAUUCUUGGUGGCAUGGGGUAUGUGACGGAGAUGCCGGCUGAACGUCAUUACAGAGAUGCACGCAUCACUGAAAUCUAUGAAGGCACCAGUGAGAUCCAAAGACUAGUAAUAGCCAACCAGCUGCUCAAAGAGUAUCAGCAUUAAAUCAGUGAAGGACAAAUAGAAACAAAUCCAAAAGCCUUAAAUCGGGGAUGACAGCCACUACAUUUCAUGAAGUUACACCGAAGCCAUCCAUGCACUGUAAUUCUUUUUUUUUUCCUUCAAUGAAUUAAAUUGUACACCACAAUGCACCAGGGCUAGUACUGAGACUAGAAUGUCAUUCUAAUCACUGUCCGUUGGGAAAUCUGUUCAUUUAGCUAUUUAUAAUAAAGUUCCAUUGACUUUUGA